AUCAUCUCCACCUUUCACUACAUUCCUCGGUCUAGACUUUGCUUUGAUCAACAGCUGUCAGUCUACAAGAUGAUCAACGCAGUCCUUGUCUUCAAUAAUAAUGGCCAGCCCCGGCUGACCAAGUUCUACACAACUCUGGAUACCCAAACUCAACAAUCACUGAUCGCACAAAUAUAUCACCUAGUCUCACAGCGUCCAUCCAGUGCCUGCAACUUCCUUCCCCUUCCACCACUCCUCUCCCAAGGCGCCGCCAGCUCCACCGGACCCUCCGAUGCGCCAACUCAAAUAACAUAUCGCACCUACGCCACGCUCUCCUUCAUCAUGAUCUCCACCUCGACUGAGUCCCCGCUCGCCCUGAUUGAUCUAAUCCAAGUCUUUGUUGAGGCAUUGGAUCGCAUGUUCGAGAACGUUUGCGAACUAGACCUGAUUUUUGGGUAUGAGACGAUGCACGCUGUGCUGAGUGAGAUGAUUGUGGGUGGUGUGGUUGUCGAGACAAAUAUUGAAAAGAUCGUUGCUGGUGUACGCAGUCAGGAGGGGACGAGUGGGAAAAAGAAGGCUGUUCAGGCUGCCAGCGCGAGUCUUGGACGUGGAGCACUGCCGGGAUUGGGUGCUUGGCGAUGAUGGGUUGGGGCCACUUCGUUAUUGAGACAUUCUUUAGCUGUUGCAGUGCAUCUGCAGAGGCUUUCUUUGCAUGGGUCCUUAUUAUUGUCAUCUUCUACGGCGUCUUAAUGGAUCUUUUUGUAUAUAGAGUCUUGCGUGUCACCCAUGGGUAUGCGGAUAAGACAAUGGACCACGAUUUUCCGAAUAUCAACGUUGCAAGUCAAUUGAG